AAAGCUUUGUACUUUAUAUUAUACUUGUUUUCGUGGAAGCAAUCAAAGCAAGUUCGUGCGUGCCCGUUUUCUGGUAUUUAUUUACCACGUUUUAUAAUUUCCAAUUUCUAGUCAACAUGACCACUACAGUAGAAACUAGUUCCGGUAAGUUGUUUUCACUAAUUUUAUAGCUUCUGACAAUCGUAGUGAAGUUUUUUAUGGCGGCAUUUUUCUAUAAACAAGUUUUUCAAACGGUAACUCGCCAGGCAUGCCCACUACACACCCUUGGGCUUAUCAUGUGUUGAGUUCAGAACUCGGAAAAGGUUACAUCGAGGUUAUUUGAUCUAAAUAAGGUGAUAAUCAAGUUUCCACCAGCAAUGGAAUAGCAUUCAACAAUUUCCAAAUGUGAUUUUCAACCGUUGAUGUGCUUUUGCAAGAUGCUUUAGCACCACAUGUUAGUGGAAUGAAGAUAACACAAUCGUAGUUUUGAGAAAAGGUGGUCAAUAAUGCAGGGGUGUUUUUUUUAUGUGAUGGAAAACUGUAAAUAAAUGAAAAACAUCCUGGCGUAAGAGACAUCACGAGGACGACAAGUCAAGCCUACAAAUGGACCUGAAACGACCGAGGUGGUACCACUUCCGCCUGGAGAGCGAAAGCUCCAAAGCUUCCGAAGAGGACACAGAGAGCGUCUAUAGUCUACAAGACAGAGAAACUGACGUGGUAAGGGACACAACAGACACUGGGACAGAGGGGUCAGAUGAUGAACAUGGGGACGAGUUUGUCAUUGAGUAUGAGGUGGCCAGCAUGACAGAGAGCGACAAUGAGUCCAAUUCCAGCAGUGGAUCUGAGUUGGUGCCUGCGGACAUGAUACUAGCUGCAGCCGCGGCGGCCAUUUGCGAUUCUUCGCUGGAAACCUGGAUUACUGACGUGGAAGAGUCUGACAACAGCUCUUUGGAGGAUCCCUCACCCACUGGCACAAAGGGGUUCAGCACUUGUGCUCAGUGUAGGGCGAGGAAUGAUAAUCCGAUGUAUCGGUACUGUGAACAAUGCUUUCAGACCUGCAGACAAUGCAAGAAAAGCAAGACGUACAGGGGUUUCCCGCUAUGUAUUUCUUGUCAUAAGGAUCGGAAACGCUUCUUCCCACCCAGGCCACGAGGCAAGGCGAAGCGUACCAAGAAAAAGAAGCAAAAAGAAGUACCCAUCAGAGAACCACCAGUAAAAUUAGACACUCUGCGGUCCUGUCUCAGUGGAUUGGCUCAAAGCUCUGGAUCAGCAUCUCAGGAUUCUGGAAUAAGCUCCAGUCAGGAUUGGCCGCUUUUGGAUUUGGACCAGAUCGUCGUCCCGGAAUCUCACUUGAAAACAGGUACGUCAUCCCCUUCCACAGUAACUACUGAAGAAAAAACUGAAUACAAAGCGGAAGUAUUACUAAAUCCCGCCACUAAACGGAAGCGGUGCGAAUCGGAAAGUAGUUUAUCGGACUUUGAGGUAAAGAAACCACGUAGGAAGCUCCGAAAGAGCCUUUCUGACGGUGAAACAGACUCAAACACAGCGAAAGUCUCCCCUCUUGUAGAUUUCGAGGAGAAGAGAAAGCAACUUGGUAAGAACUACCCUAAAAACCUCUCAGUGACGGGUAUCCUACGAAAACCGUUUGUAACUGAUCCGAAAGCAUUGCCCACAGAAGAGAAACCUUUAUCUCUAAGCCAGACGUCGGACUUGGGAUCGGAAGUGAGCACUAGCUCGUGUAGUAGCACAUCUGCCUCUACCACAUCGUCUUCCAAAGAGGAGUUGUGCAUAUUUUGUAAUAGCGCGCCCAAGGAUAGCAUUUUUUUGCAUACGAAUAUAGCGCAUCAGUGUUGUUGUUACAAAUGUGCCAAACGUACAUUGAGGACGAUAAAGAGAUGCCCGAUUUGUAAUCGGUCGGUUAACAAAGUGGUGAAGAUAUUUACUGCUUAGAUUUUUUCUUAGAGAUUUGAAUUCAUUGGGAUACUGUUUAAUGCUUAAGGACGAGACAUACAAGGCAGAGCAUGGUGUAGGUUCUGUUUAGGUAUUCAAAAUGUGCACCACUUAUUUUAAAAUGUACACGAUCAGUCUUACUAUUAUGGUAUAUUUGAAUAUACUACGACAUCAGUUAUUCCAUAUAACUUAGAAAAUACAAUGCUUUAUUUUCUCUAAGGUCCUGUAAAUAUUUUCGUUUUUGAAAAUAUUUUUCAUGGACAUGAACAUUGAAUUUUCUGCUUUUGGAAUUAAGAGGCCAUGAAAAACAGAUUGAUUGUUUUAUGGACUGUGCUCUAGAUACUGGGAUUUUGAGCAUUGAAUGGUAUCCAAAGGAACAGAAAAAAAUACUAUAAUAGCGAUAAGGAAGAGUUUUUAAUAUAUAUUCUUCAUUUUGUAACUAUCUGUACAGAAGAGAUUAUUUAUUUAAUUGUACAUCUUUUUCUAUAUCUAUCAUCAGACUGAAUUCAUAUAAUCUCUGCACUCGGGGAAAUUACUUUUAUAUAUGCCUUUCUGUGCAUUGAAAACAGCAAAUUGCUAUUAAUUUAAUAUGUCAGCUUUGAAGCCAUAUUGUGCUAUGCCGAUGUGGAAUUCAAUGAACGAUAGUGAGUUGGAUAAAACUCUUUAAACUUUUUUAUCUAUUAAGUCUUUUUCUGUGGUUACACUGAUUCAAUAAGCGACAAUUUUACUCAAAGUAGUGUUGUUGUUACUCAGCUCUAUUGUUACGAGGAUAUACAAUCUUUGAAUAAUUUGCACUGGGUUGAUUUUUCAGUAUUCAUACGUUCCAAAAACAAAACAUUUUCUGAAUAUUCGGAGAUUAACAAUAUUAUAUACAUAUAUAUUACAGAAAGGCUUUUGGAAAGCUAUACGAGAGUAUUCCGAAAACUUGUUCCGUUUGACGUGGAUAUCAAUGCAAUUGUAAAUAACAAAGUGAUCACAUGGAAUGAGUUUUGUCGAGAAUUAUGCUCAGAGCUGACGGUUUUCAAUUUUCAUUUCGCGCCAUUCAGAAAUUUAAGAGUGCCAUGAAAAACAAACCAAAGAUUUUUUGAAUAUUUUUGUACAUAUGUAUUAUAGUGUUUUAGAUUAACUAUUAGCAGUCACACAUUUUGAUACUCUUUUUUUAUUAUUAAAUAAUAUACUCGUAAGACCUCAUCUGAUUAAAUUUACCGGAAAUUUCGUAAGAACUAUAAAUAAGGUUUCUUUUACUUUACAGCAUUUGGAAAAAACGAAUAACUAUAAGAAAUAAAUCUAAAUUCAAAUUUCGACUCUCAUCAAUUAUCGAAAUCACUCUUAAAUUUUUGAAAUGCGUUUUCUGUCAGAACUUCUUCAUCAAUUUUAACUUGGUAUAACCGGGACUAACAUAGGUAAUAGGGAGAAUACUUUGAUUUUAAAAAAAAAAUAUAACAAACAUUAGUAUGAAUUUGUGAACAUUGUGAACUCAUUGAAAAAUGUAAAUCUGUAUGAAUUGGAACGAUGUUACGAGUGAAUCGGAUUGUAGUAUUGUUUAAUGGGAACAGGAACAAGGUUGGUGAGUAUAGAUUCAGUUUCAAUCUAACGCGAUUUUUGUAGAUUAAACUUUCACAAACAUGACCAAUGGGUCAAAAUUUUGAAAUAUUCCUCAUAUUUAGAAUAAAAUCAAAUAUGCCUUCAAAUUCAUCUCAUAGUUUCUUAACAUAUGCUGAAAUUUCCAUAUUAUUGUAAUAUGUUUCUGUGCCUUUUCUCUAAAUUUUACAGGAUUGUUCCCAUAUUAUUUUUCAAACAGUGCAUGAUUGGUAAUCCAUAAGUUUGGCUUGUAAAAAGUUCUCUCCUAAAUUUUGUAUUUAGGGCUAAGAUACUUUUUUCUGCUGUUUCAUUGGAAUUUUUUCUUAUGUGGCUGUACAUAAGAGAACUAUUUCGUAUAUGUUAAUUUUUAAUCAGCAUUUUAAAGAUUUGAGUUUUUAGAAUCGUUUUUCUGUGCAAUUUGAAAUUUCCGUUAUCUUAUGCCGUUCUAAAAGAAAUAAUAAAUUUUUUUAAACAUUGACCAUGUUUUUUCUCAAUAGAAUUUUAGUAACCCUCUAUUAGUUUUUGCCAGAUUAAUUGGUAUUUUAAUGUGCUACGAGUAUCGAGUAUUUCCUCAUAAUGUUGAUAACGGAAAUGAAUACAUAGUAACCGCCUAACACUCAAACAAUUUAGUUUUUUGUAAACAGGUUGUCUGUAAAGGUGGAACUUUCUUUUAAACAGUAUAUAGUUCAUCUAACAAUAAGCAAAUUUUUCUAGUAACACAUGUGUGAGAGAAAAUCUUUUAAAAUUCAUGUAUCGUGAAUUACUUCAGUAUAGAACUCUACUUUAUAAAGUUUUAAAAUAUAAAUUAUCCAGAUAUCUGUUUAUUGCUUUGGAGAAGAGAUGUUCACUCCGCCAAGUUUCCUUACGCAACAGUGAAUACUUCAAUAUUCCAGUUCAUACAACAUCUAAAUUCAAAAAAUGUUUUACUUACACGGCACCAUAUCUACUAAACGAUCAUUUAAAACUUUUUGAAGCACCAUCCAUCCAAAA